GUUUCAAUCUGGAGCGACACGGAGAGAAGAAACGUUACAAGCCGUUCUCAAAGCUUGAUAACAGAAUGCUACUGUGGCAUGGAUCAAGACUUACUAAUUUUGUGGGAAUAUUAUCCCAAGGUUUACGUAUAGCUCCACCCGAGGCCCCAGUGACUGGAUACAUGUUUGGUAAAGGAGUCUAUUUUGCUGACAUGGUUUCAAAGAGUGCUAAUUAUUGCUGGACUAGCCCCCAGAGCCCAGUGGGUCUCAUGCUACUCUGUGAGGUGGCACUGGGUAACAUGUAAGUAGGAGGGAGAGGUUUAGAAGGA